UAUAUCGAUAUUUGACCCACUCACAUGACGGGAGUAAAAAAGUAGGUGUUUUGUGGGGGAAAAAUAAUGAUAAGCCAAGUUGGACGAGAGUUGUACAAAGUGCCGCAUCGCAUUUUAGAUCAUCGCGUAUUUAUUAACGGCGAAAUCGAAACAUUUCUCGAAAAUUUCGAAGUUAAACGCAACGACAGCGAAGUUGAGACACUUUUCCAAGUCACCGAAAUUGUUGGCUCACUUAAAUACGAUCUAUCGGAGCGGUGUAUAGCGUUAGGUAACCAAAACCUCUGUCAAUUCGCUACAGAAGUUAACAAUUUACUGAGCAGUGUCGAAGUGCUGCUAGAGAAAGCCAAAGUUGAACGUCCCCCCAGCGCACGUCUACAAGAGGCGAGACGGGCACGUGAGCAACGCAAACAGGAAUUUCUAGAGAAUCUGCAGCACGGCUAUCAGCGCAUUGAUAACUCAUUCGAGGAGAAGGAGGAGGAAAUUGCCGAACUCUACUCGGACCUGCAGCUAAAGCUCAACGUUACCAAGUAAACAAACGUCAUGCUGAAAUCAACAAUUGU